UAGGCCAGCUGGAGGCGGCUCACUUUAGGGAGUGGUACUCGGCUCUGAGACCUGCUUGUCAGUCUAGUGCCGGUCUGGCCAACCCCCGCAGCAAGGAUGCUCCUGGGGUUCCGGAGAGGCGGCAAGAGGCAGUUUAAACGCAUCAUCCAUGGCCUUCUCCCUGCAGCCAGCAUCGCACCGAAGCCAGCUGUGCCCCGCACACCUCCUCCACGCAGCCCCAACCCCUCUCCAGAGAGACCAAGAUCUGCUCUGGCUGCAGCCAUUCUAGCAACAACAUUGACUGGCCGGACUGUUGCCAUUCCUCAGCCUCGCCGGAGAUCCCACUCUGAGAGUGACAUGACCUACAUUGAAAAGGACAGUUUCAUCGAGCCCUAUGCCACCACCUCGGAGCUGAGGCAUCAACCACAUAGGCAGAAUGAGACGGGAAGAAGAUCUUCUUUGCCAUCCUUUGAAAUGCUGGGCUACGAGGAGGAAGAGGACACUGACACGCACCUGUCAUGCAGCCACAGGGAGUCGGGGGACACAAGUGCUCGCAAAGAAGAGGGAAGCCUCAGCGACGCCGUGUAUGCCGUGCCACACAGAAAUCAGGUUCCAUCGUCACAUGGGGUAGACAGUGAAGAUGAGGAAAAUAUUUCUGAACAAGAUGGGUUUCCAGGCUCACCUGUUCCACCAGAGCUUACACAAGAAAAAGAUGGUAAACAUUCUAUUCUGAAUUUAAAGGAUGAAAAACCACCAUUGUAUGGAAAACCUCCACCCUCUCCAGAUGUAAAUGGUAGAACACAUCGAAGACAUAUAGAAAUAACCAAAGAAAAGUUCGAGGAAUUAAAAGAAGAAAAUUUGCAUCUAAACAAUGCAAAUCAAACCCUUACUCUUGAACUUAACAUAAUAAAAAAAACAAUGAAAGAACUACAGUUAAAACUUAAAAGGAUGGAAAAAGAAAAUAGAAAGCUGAAAGAAGUUGAGAAAGCAUCCUCUCAGGAAGUAGUCGCUGCACCUGAAUUACAUUAUCUAAGAAAACAAGCUCAAGAACUGGUGGAUGAAAAUGACGGAUUGAAAACGACUGUUCAUUGUUUGAAUGUAGAACUGAGUAGAUAUCAAACAAAAUUCAGGCAUUUAUCCAAGGAAGAGAGUUUAAAUAUUGAAGGCCUCCCAUCAAAGGGCCCUAUACCGCCCUGGCUGGUGGAUACAAAGUACCUGUCCCCCUUGUUGCUGGCCUAUGAAGACAGAAUGAAAGAGAAGGACGAGCUCAAUGCCAGCCUUCAGGAGGAAAUGAGAACGUUUAAGAUGAGAGUCCAAGAAGUGGUGAAAGAAAAUGAAAAAUUGCACCAAGAGCUGAAUAAGAAUAGUGUUGUCACCAGUGAGGAAUGGCGUCAGCUUCAGACUCAAGCAGAACUUGUUUUAGAGGAAAACAAGUUGUUGAUAGAGCAGUUGGAGAUUCAGCAAAGAAAAGCCAAGGACACGCACCAGGAGCGUCUCCAGGAAGUUUCUAAACUGACUAAACAGCUAAUGCUUCUGGAGACUAAAACACAGAGCCAAGAAAAGGAGCUAACUAAAAGUAAGGAGCAAUUGGAAACUUUAAGGACAGAAUGCCAGGAACUAAAACUACAGUUGGACAGCAAAGUUGCAAUAGAAGUUCACACUUCAAUUGUAAAUGAAUUAAAAAGCCAGUUGCAGAAGGAAGAAGAGAAAGAAAAUGCUGAGAUGGAAGAGUUGACGGAAAAGUUGGCAGCCCUGCAAGUGCAGAAAAAGAGCCUUCUAUUAGAGAAGAAAAAUUUGACGGCUAAAAACAAGGCGCUGGAAGCUGAACUCGAAAAGGCACAGAAAAUAAAUAGGAGAUCUCAAAAGAAAAUUGAUGUCUUCAAAAAGCAGGUGGAAAAAGCCAUGGAAAACGAAAUGUCUGCUCACCAGUACCUGGCAAAUCUUGUUGUCCUGGCAGAGAAUAUAACCCAGGAACGUGACAAUCUUAUGUAUUUGGCUAAAUGUUUAGAAAGUGAGAAGCAUGGAGUUCUCAACAAAAUCAUAGAAGGCAAUAUUCGCUUGGGAAGGUUGGAGGAAAAAGUCAAGGGGUACAGGAAGCAGGCGGCACUGAAGCUGGGUGACAUCAGUCACCGUCUGACAGAGCAGCAGGAAGACUUUGCUAGCAAGACAGCUCAGUACCAGCAGGAGAUGAGGCACCUCCAUCGGAUGCUGCAGGACAAGCAGGAUGUCCUGGACAAGGCGCUGCAGCAGAAAAGAGAAAUGGAAGGUGAGCUUGAGGUUGUUUGGGAGUCCACCUCCAAGGAAAACCGAAGGAUCCGAGAACUUCUCCAGGCCACGCUGGAGAGGACAGGCCCGUGGGACAACACCAGAGCUUUCGCGGACCGCUGCCUGGACGGCAUCUCUCAGGGAGACGGGCAGGAUGGCUGCCACUUCAGCUUCUGUGACCUGAAGCCGCCUCCCACCGCCCACCAGGGUCUGCGGGAGCCCCUGGGCUAGGGCCCCUCGGUGGAGAGGUCUGCCCUACGCAGGACAGGGAGCGCCGAGGAGAGGGCAGACUCCCGCCCACCGCUGCAGCGUUUCUUCUCCUCAGGGCAAGGGAAGAAAUACUGUCUCAGAAAUUUAACCCGUUUUUUUACAUUUUGCUUUAUUCUUAAAAUGUGCUGUUGAACUAUAUUUAGCCGGUGCACGUCCUCUGACCCCAUUGCCACCGAGCCGGGCUCUGCGAGAUCCAUUGCUCAGGCUAACAGGUGACCUGGCAAGCUGGCCUGUCUCCGGGCUCCUAGAUCUGCGCUGGGAAAGCCCCAGAGGGAAGGGCGGGCAGGCCCGAGCACUCAGCCUGUGUGUUUGAUGAGUAGUUUCAUUGGAUGAGCCGUCGAUGGAAGCCCCAGCGAUGAGACCUGUGCGUUCACUCUGGGUGGUAUUUUAUUGUUUGGCAAAAAACAGGUGCUGGUCUUCAUGCCCCAGUAGGUUGUACAAAAUCUGUCCUGCCCUCUCCCCGAGCCCUUCCCUGUCCUCCUGGACAGGUAAUUUUUCUGGGGCCACGUGACCUCCCUCCCCUUCUGAGAGCCUUGACUUUGAGCACCAAGGUGGGGUCCCUGCCCCACUGCCACCCCCGAGAAGGAUGCCGGGGCCGUAGCCCUGCUUCACCCUGUGCCACCUCCUCAGGUAGAUCAUCCCUGCCUCCCGGACCAUUCCUGGGACUCCUGGCGGUCGUGCCAGCUGUCUAGGGCCGCUUGUCCCCGGCAUGCUGCAAGAAGGCUACAAGGGAUCCUAAACAGGGUAUGGAGGGUAGAAUCCUGCCACAUCCUUUUACCAAACCCCUCAUAGCUAAGGCCUGUGUGGUUUCAGGUGUGCAGAUAGACCCAGCAUUGGUCCCUGGUCAUAUAUAAAAGGUACACAUGUGCUCUUUGGUUGCUAAGUGGGAAGUUGAGAUAGAAAAUCAUUGUUCUUUUACAUUUUAUUAAACUUUUACAUUUUAUUCAACAGUUAAAGAAUUCUAAUUUAUUUUCAUUUUACCGUGGAUAGAAAGACAGGAUUUAAAACUAGGUAUCAGCUCCUAGGAGAUGACCUAGCACACAACUUUGAUGUUAUUUCAAGAGAAUUUGUGCCAACCAUCUAAUAAUCUGUAGACAGGCUGCACGGUGGCAGCAGCCCAUGAGCCUCUUGUCUCCAGACCAAUGCUCAGGGGAUGGCUUGUCCAUGGGGCGCUGCUGUUGUCACAUCACCUAGAGAACCACGUGUGUUAUCCCUGUCUUCUCUCUGCCUUCAAAGAGAACAUUUUAUUCCCUUGAGAAGUGAAUGUUUUUACAUUUCUGCUUUAUCACAUGUUACAAAUAUACUAUGCAAGUUCAGUGACCCCUGGACCUCAUCACGGCUCCCCAGGGUGGUGUUCACGCAGCAGUCAGCCUCUGCCAGCCUCCUACUGGGUGCUGUAGCAAAUGGGCAGGUGAGCUCAGAGUCUGGGAUGCAAAGGAGGGCAAAGCAGGCAAGGUGGUGAAAGACAAUGCCGCUGAGAGGCACAGAGCCCAGACUUGAGCUGGAACACCCAGCCUUGCAGAAUGGACAGGGUCUCAGGAGCUGCAGAAGGGCAGAUGGGGCUGUGUGAGCAGCGGG